GCCCGCAGGUGUGUGUGUGUGUGUGUGUGUGUGUGUGUGUGUGUGUGUGUGUGUGUGUGUGUGUGUGUGAAUGGUUGUCUGUCUGUGUGUGUGAUGGAUUGGCAACCUGUCCUGGCGACCCCGCCUCUCGCCCACAGACAGCUGGGAUGGGCUCCAGCCCCCCACCCCCACCCGCGACCCCAUGUACGGGAUUAAGCGGAAUAGAAGAUGGAUGGAUGGACGGACGGAUGAACUGAUAGAUGGAUGGACGGACAGAUAGAUGAACUGAUGGACGGACGGAUGAACUGAUGGAUGGAUGGACAUACGGAUGAACUGAUAGAUGGAUGGACGGACAGAUAGAUGAACUGAUGGACGGACGGAUGAACUGAUGGAUGGAUGGAUGGACGGACAGAUAGAUGAACUGAUGGACGGACGGAUGGAUAAACUGAUAGAUGGAUGAACGGAUGGAUGGAAGGACGCACGGAUGAACUGAUGGCUGGAUGAACUGAUGAAUAGAUGAGCUGAUAGAUAGAUGGACAGACGGAUGGAUGAACUGAUGGACGGACGGACAGAUGGACUAACGUUGUAAACACUGUCACAAAUGAGCAGGUUCUGAAUUUGUUGUUGAAUAUUUUCUACUGACUGUCUGUGGGCUUUAAACUGGCUGUAGACAUGUAAUAAACAAAGAAUCUCAAAGAUUCAGAUCAUCUGUAACUAAAGCAGUAAUUACAGUACAAACCUUCUGUCCUAAGUCCUAAAACUGGAACCACACUAGAGUAAAAGCACUAACUAACUUCAUGCAGUAAAUGUGGUUUAGAAUCACUGAUCAUUAAUGUUUCCCACUUUAAUGAUACCAGAGCUUGUUUUAAUGUCUGGUGGAUGUAAAUCUAUCAAGUGUUUAUAAUCUAGCUUGGCAUCUGCUGACGUCUGACUGGUGCAGAGAUUACGUGAGUUUGGAGCAGCCGCCGAUCUUAACAUUGUGUUCAUCGUCUCUGUCAUGUAAUUACACGACGCGUCUGAGCUCAUAACACUCAUCAGCUUCUGACUGACAGCUUCAGUCAUGAGCCCUGAUUCACUGAAUGCAGAGUUCAUAAGGGAGAAAAAUCAGAAAGACAAGUCAGUCACAACCGAGCUGGUGAGCGGACCGGUCCGGCGCUGGGUUUGGGCCUAUGGUUCAGUUUGGUCUCAGCCUGUUUUCUGAUCUGCCAUUAGGGACUGUGAAAUUCCUGAAAUUUCCCAGCAGCAGGAUGAUCUGACCCAAGAUCACUUCCUUCAUUUGCCUGUUACAUCAUGCCAGAUUCUUGACGGACGAGCCUCAAGAAUCUGGACUCCGACUGUCUGGGUGAACCUGGGCCCAGCCACAGACUUCCGGAACGCAGACGUGCUAUACACAAAAAUGCGUCAGGCGUUUUAUCAUGUGAACCAUAACUGAGUUCAUGAGCUGUAUGCACCUGAGUCAGUUACAGCCAGUAAUGAUUACUUCUGUCACCGCCUCCCGUGACAGGAUCUCCAUAUAUGGGCAGACAAGACACAUAAAGCCGCUCCACGACCCUGCUGCACCUGAGAGGCCCGAUGGAGCGGAACAGGGCGCUGCUGGUGUCCGUGGAAGAGUUCCACCCCGGGGUGAGUCUGACUAGGAGGCCUGGCGCCGGGAGGGACGUGAAGAGACUGCACCGUAUCCUCAGCAAACUGGGCUUCAAGGUGGAGAUUCACAGCGACCUGAGCGGCGAGGAGACCUACGAGCUGUUCCUCAGAGAGAGUCGGCGUCCUGUCAGAGACUGCUUCCUGGCCGUGCUGUCGUCUCACGGGGACGAGGGCUGUGUGUUCGGGGCUGAUGGGAAACCUGUGUAUCUGUCUCGUAUCUUCGGUUGCUUUGACAACGAGCACAUGGAGCCCAAGGCCAAAGUGUUUCUGAUCCAGGCCUGUCGGGGAGAGGCGGUGGACGGCGGCGUGGAGGUGGACUCAGGAGGCGACGCCGCAGGCUUCAGCAUCCCACAGUACGAGUCUGUUCCCGUGGACACGGCCGUGAUGUACGCCACCGUUCCAGGGUAUGUUGCCUUCAGGAGUUUCUCUGGAUCCGUGUUCCUCCAGACGUUCUGCGCUUUACUAGAAAAAGAGGGAAACCGGAACCUGGAGCUGACCCGCCUGAUGACCCGGCUCUCCCACAGUGUGGCUUACGGCUUCCAGGCCAAAGGUCACCAGCUGGGAGGGAAGAAGGAGAUGCCGUGUCUCCUGAGCCGGCUCACCAGGGACGCGUUCCCCUUCGCUGAGGCGGGGAAGGGGGGCGGAGCCACAGGGCUCUCCGCCAGGUCACUGCUGGGCCCCGAGGACGCGAGGAGGCGGACGCCCUCCAUCAGCUGAAGUCUGCGGAGCCUCCAGAGCAGAACAGAGACCAGCCUGUCACGACUGAAACGUGUCUAACCUGUGUUUGUGAUGUGGUUGUUGGCUGUAUUUAUGUCAUGUAAAAGCUAAUAUUAAAUUAUUUAAACUAU